AUGCUCUUGUCUUCUAGUCAGGAAUCCGUUUUCCAACGCCGUUGGCCCGCAGUAAAUGAUGUUGUUCGACGUUUCCUUAAUAUGGAGCCCGUCCCUCCCGCAGAAUGGGUAAAGCUUUUUGAGGAUGUAUACCAGAUAAUAUCAUGGGAGGAAUCGGCCCAUGAUGAGAUGUUUCGGUCGCUGACUGAAUCUAUUAAAGCCGCCAUCAAGCGAUCCCAACAGCGUGUAAUGCAGAGUCAGGAUGAAUCCUCUCUGCUAAAGGCCUACAUCCACGAAUGGGUGUUGUUUUCAGAAAAGAGUGACAAUUUACCCAAUCCCUUUGCUCCUUUGGAGAAUUGUCUUGGAGGUAAACACAAUCUUAGUGGACCUAGUAAAAGAAAACUGAAGUACAGUAUUGUUCGGAAGUGUAUGUUAGAUACAUGGGAUGUGACCAUCUUUGAAGGUAUUAAACAAAAACUCGAAGAUAGUGCAAUGAAGUUGGUUCAGGACGAACGUGAGGGCGCUAUUAUUAAUUCGGCUCUGGUAAUUGGUGUGAGAGAGUCGUGUGUAAAUUUAUCCGCCACCUCAACUACUAAGGCAUGGAACUACGUCGACCAUUUCGAAGCUGCUUAUAUCAAGAGUAUGGAAAACUUUUAUCGACCGCGUACCAGUCAAUUUAUCGCUCAAAACGGUAUUCGGGCCUACUUAAGGUACGCACAGAAGAAGUUGGCAGAAGAGGAGGCGAGAGCGAAGCUCUACCUGGACAGUGGUCCCAAUUUCAAGUCUAUUGAAACCCUCAUGCAGGCCUGUGUGCAAGUGUUCGUGGUCAACUUCAAGGAAGAGAUACUGGCGGAAUUUCCGAAGCUCCUGGCCGAGGACGAAAAGGACUCCCUAAAGGUGACCUAUGAGCUGAUCCGAUGUGUCAAGGACGCCUCUGGGGAGAUGAAUCCACUUUUACCCCUCCUAGAAGAUUUUAUUUGGCGCGCAGGCAGUUGUGAGCUGCGCGACAAUGCAGAGGUCAUUUUCAAAGAUGCCGACCGAUACGUCAACACCUUACUAGACCUGUUCAAUCGAUUCUCCUCUGUGAUUGAGGAUUGUUUCCAUAACGAUCCCUCCUUCCUUACCAUUCGUGACAAGGCUUAUCAACGUCUUGUCAACGACACUACCAUAUUCUCUGUCAAGAUGCCCGACUCUCUUCGAGGGACGGUAAAACGGCCAGAGUCGCGUUGUCCGAACCUUUUGGCCGCCUUUUGCGAUAUGCUGCUACGCAAAUCGCCAACUAGCCGUCGUCUAUCCUCCGAAGAGAUCUUGACGCGAUUGAAGAGGAUCCUUUUGGUGUUGAAGUAUGUAAACUCGAAGGAUCUCUUCAUGGAGGCCCACAAGGCUCAUCUGAUGCGACGACUCAUUUUGGAGACGUCGGCAGACAACGAGUUGGAGGAAUUCAUGGUGGAAAAACUAAGGGAGGUGGGAAUGCCGGCGGAGUUGGUCAACCGGCUGGCGCGGAUGUUUCAGGAUAUCAAGGUGUCGCACGAUCUGACGCGCGAGUUCCAGGAGAAGGUGGCCAACAACAAUCCUUCGGGGGGCACUGAAACAUCAGCAGUGUUAGUGAGUAUCAAAAUCCUCAGUAGCGGCACUUGGCUGCCUCGCAGUCAGCCCAAAUUCGCCGUCGCUCUGCCCCCCGAGUUGGAGGACUUCAUCCCUCAGAUCGAGGAUUUCUAUAAACAGAAGCAUCAAGGACGCCAGCUGAUUUGGCAGUAUCAUCUAUCCCACGGUCUUGUAGCUUACUACCCACCUACAGCCACCACUACCUCCGUCCAAUCGACCACUCCCAUGACUGAUGCUGCUCCAACAACCUCCCAGGUAGAAUUGGAGAUGACCACCCUCCAGAUCGUUGUGAUGUUUGCAUGGAGGCAUCGCGAUAUUAACCAAAAACUGCGUCUUGACGGUCUUCUCACUGCUACAGGCUUAUCAGACCUGGAGUUGCGUCGGACUCUAUGGUCACUCUCAGAACGUCCUAAAAUGGAGCAGCAGAUAAUUAUCUACUCCCCAGAAGCAGCCUCAGAAAAGGACUUCACGAACGAAACAGAAUUUUGGAUUAAUCCCGCUUUUGGUGUCACCCGCUCCGGCCGUUUACCCAACCGUCGGCGAGUAAAUAUGAUUGGUCGACUGCAGCUGACCCAGGCGGGUUGUGAGGAGGAGAGCCUAGCCAUCGUGCAGCUGCGACAAAUGCGUGCCCAAGAGGCCGUGGUGAGGGUGAUGAAGAGUCGCAAACGUCUCACCUUCUCCGAGGUCUAUCAACAAGUUAUUUGCCUGCUAAAGGACCAGUUCAUUCCCUCGAAACGUAUGUUGAAGGAGGUGAUUGAGUGGCUUAUCGAACGCCGCUACAUCGAGCGUGAUCCACGCGAAAUCGAUACUUUUGUCUACGUCUCCUGA